UAAGUAGUUUGAUAACCUUUAGUGGUCGGGACGACUUGACUCGUCUGUGAUCAGUCGUUCUCCGGCAGUCGCCGAGUUCACAUUAUUAUAAUAACUCGUUUUGCUAUACUCUUUAUAUUGUUUAUACUAAGUGAGUGAGUGUAUGCCACAGCUACAGCCAUGAACCGGACACUUGACAGUGUUAAAGCUCUUCUAGUCAUACUCUUCAGUGCCAUAUUAUCUACACAAUCUGUGCACAGCCAACAAUGCAAGGGCGGCGUGCAGUGCCUCCCUCUGGCGUCGUGCAGCGAGCUGUACCGGCAGCUGCAGCAGGGCAACUCCCCGCAGCUGACCACCCUGCUGCGCCGGCUGCACUGCGGCUUCGAGAACUACAACAGCCCUAAGGUCUGCUGUCCGCCAGAAUACUUAAUCAGCGGGGCAGACUCUCGCAUCAGCGGCAGCGAGGGCGCGGGCGGUGGUUUCGCCCAGAACGCGCCCUUCUCGCCCAGCUCGUCCUACCCGGAGCCCAGCGGGCAGGGCGCGGCGGACCCCACCUCGCUGCUGCCCAGCACCCGGGUGUGCGGGAUACAGAACAACGAUAGGAUUGUCGGAGGCAAGACGGCUGAGAUCGAUGAGCACCCUUGGAUGGCGCUGCUGCGAUAUGACAAACCUCGCGGCUCCGGCUUCUACUGCGGGGGUGUGCUGAUCUCGCAAAGAUACGUGCUGACUGCUGCCCACUGCGUCAAGGGGUCUGACCUGCCACCGAACUGGCGGCUAUCGCAGGUCCGCCUCGGCGAGUACAACACGUCGAGCGUGAUCGACUGCAUUCAGGGAGACUGCAACAAGCAACCUGUGGACGUGCCUAUCGAGCAGAUCAUCGCCCACGAGGGCUAUAACCCCAGCGACCCGCACCAGCACAAUGAUAUUGCACUGCUGAGGCUGUCUGACAAUGUGCCCUUCUCUGAUUUUGUUAAACCGAUUUGUCUCCCACUGAGCCCCACCCUGCAGCGCAGUGACUUCAACGGCUACACAAUGGAGGUAGCUGGUUGGGGAAAAACAGAAUCACGCUCGGAGUCCGACGUGAAGCUGAAAGUGCGCGUGCCGGUAGUCACACGAGCGGAGUGCUCGCGAGUCUACAAGCGGGCCGACCGGCUCAUCGGCCCCACGCAGCUGUGCGCCGGCGGCGAGUCGGGCCAGGACUCCUGCCGGGGUGACUCCGGCGGCGCCCUCAUGGGCUGGACCCCCUCGGCCGAGAACUGGCUGGUGGCCGGCAUCGUGUCCUACGGGCCCUCGCCCUGCGGCACGCCCGGCUGGCCCGGCGUCUACACGCGCGUCGGCGCCUACGUCGACUGGAUCCUCUCCAGGAUGCAACCCUUUCUACUGCAGGUCUGUGGGAUAAUCGAAGGAGCUUCCAUCCCGGCGGUGCGUUGCCCGCACCCCUGCGUCUCCGUGGAGCAGUGCCCCGAGGCCAACGAGGUGGUGAUGAAGAGCGAGAGCCGACGCACGGCGGCGGAGACCAACAUGCUGAGGAGGGUCUUCUGCGGCUUCCAGGAUGACCAGGUUAAGGUGUGCUGCGAGAUGCUGAAGACGUUCAAGCACCGCAACCUGGCGCUGCUGCCUCAGCACUGCGGCUUCAUCGACAAGAACCGCAUCGAGGGCGGGCAGGGCGCCAACAUCAACGAGUUCCCGUGGAUGGCGCUCAUCUCCAUACGGAUGACGCGGGCGCGCAGGGCGAUCGGGGGAGAGACGUGCGAGCUCGGCGAGUUCCCUUGGAUGGCCCUCAUCCAGGUACAAAUGAAAGACGGCAACAUCGCCUUCGCGUGCGGCGGCACCGUCAUAUCGGACCGCUACGUGCUGACGGCCGCCCACUGCGUGCAGACCAUGAAGGGGCUUCCCCGCGCCGUGGUGGGGGUCAGGGUCGGGGAGCACGACCUGUCCGGGCCCUACGACUGCCAGGGCGGCGUCGACAACGCGCCGCUUGUGUGCGCGGAGGCUGUGCAGGAUUUCGGAUACGAAGAAAUAAAAGUUCAUGAAAACUACACCAACGACGGCAAAAUAUGGAGACACGACAUCGCCCUGAUUAGGCUGAAGAAGAAAGUGAAUUUUGAACCCAAGAACGCAAAGCCGAUCUGCCUGCCCACCAGCCUGGAGCAGCAGACUCGCGACCUGGACUUCCUCACCGCCACCAUCCCCGGCUGGGGGCAGACCGAGACCAUGCUCGAGUCCAACGUCCUCAUGAAGGCUGACAUCCUGGUACAUCCGCGCGAUGAUUGUGCGCUCUUCUAUGAGGCAAAAAACGUGCCGACCCGUUUCCGCACGAGCACAAGCACCUUUAUAUGCGCGGGCGUGAUCGGCAAGGACUCGUGCCGGCGCGACUCCGGGGGGCCCCUGAUGGUGCCGGGAACUCACAGCGGGUUCAACCGCUACAUCCAGUACGGGAUCGUGUCGUUCGGCCCGUCCGAGUGCGGUGGUGAUAGGCCCAGCCUGUAUACCGAUGUGGUGAUGCAUAUGCCGUGGAUAUUGGACCAUUUGCGACCGUGAAGUUUGCGGUUGAAUGCGUGAUGUGAUGGCAAAGGGAUAAGGACUGGAUUGUAAUCGUAUUUUAAAAAGUUUUAUUGCGUUAUGUUAUGUACCUACUUAUGUUAGUAGGUAGUGAGGUAGUAAAAGUGUUACUCUUGGACGCAUUUAAUUGUAGAAAAUAUUAGAACUGAUUAUUUAUGGCGCUGAUUUUAAGCAUGUCUAUGUAUACUGUGAAAAAAAUAUUUGGGUAAGAUUUUAGAUAUAAAAAAAUUAUGAAAAAAUUAACAUUUCAUAAUAAGCUAGAUGUAAUUUUUUAACAGAUAGUUUAGGUUAUAAAGUUAAAGAAUCCUUGACAUUACAAAGAUAAAAAAAACAACAAGAAUAUGGCAUAAUCAAUAAAGAUUUAUUUUAAAUAUUUCUUAUAUGUAUAGUUUUACAUAGGUUAUACUAAUAUUACUUCCUCAUGACCACUUAUCAUUUCAGCACUUCAUAUCACUCUAUCAAAUCCUUAGGAAUCUUUUCUACAAUAUUCUUCUUUUUGUACUAAAAUAAAUGUGUUUCUUUUCUUUCUUUCCCUUCUUACUUCGUUCUUUUAAAAGCAAUACUUAUCUUACUUUCUUUUAUGAUUGAUCUUCUUUAGGUAAUUUACUCUAUUCAUCAUUCACAUUAUGGCUGCGCAAUCAAUCCAUACCAUGGACCAUUAUACAAUCCUUUGAGACUUGCAAUACGUAUUAAUUACGAAUUAUAUAUGUAAACUGUAUACAGUUUAUAGCUAGUAUACAGCUAGUAUAUAGUGUAUAAUAUAAUUUUACUUAAAACUAGCAACAUAAACUUUCUGCCCACACAAAUGUGUAUAAAAUACUGUUGGAACCUUGGCACGCAAUUCAAAUUAGUUGAAUAUUUCAAGCCAUACCCGAGCGAUAUGUAUUUAUGAAGGUAUACUCGGUAUGACUUAGUUUCCGAUUACAAUGGUUUUGUAUUUUAUGAAUUUCAUCGUUCACAUUUGAAAUAUAACAUGGACGACCAUUAUGCUCCACUAUCCACUGUAUUUAUAUAAUACUUAAUCUAUUAUAUUAAUUUGACAAUAAUUAUUUAUGUAUAAGGGCGCAAUAAAUAAAAGCUUGUUUUGUACGAGAUUCAAUGGCAUACUUACCAGUAAAGUUAUCUAAUACGUAAAUAUAAAAGUAAAACUAUUAUACAAUAUAGUGUAUAGAAAAAAAAACUCUCAUGGAAUGUUAAAUAAUCACCAGUAAUUUGGAAUAUACAUUAGUUUUUUUUAAUAUUUAGUAGUAAAAUACUUGGCAAGUUUAUCAAAGAUGUAGGUAAUAUUUGAGUUUUAAAAAUCCCCGUGAUUUCAUUGUUUUAAACUUUGUGAUAGAGGUAUUUUAUUUGCGGUUGAUCCGAGUUUUUUGUUAUAUUGUAACACAAGCGUUAGGAUGUGGUUACAAACGAGUUUCAGACCGGCUUCACACGACACGACGCAUCUUUUUACAAAGAUGGUCAUUAAAUUGUUUUUCAAGUA